CGCCUCCUCACCCGGGUUCUUGAUGUACCAGUGCACGCGCGGGCGCCGGUUUGAGGUCAGACCUGGAGGCCGAGGCCCGGCGGUUCUUCCAGAUCCUUGGACAUGAGUUGACGCCAGUGUAAGUGCUGCCUGCCCUUCUCCAUCCUCCUCGCUCCCACAGAUCUAGCUGUAAAAUGGCCGCCAAGCUGGUGCUUCGCUGGUAUCGGCUCUAUAGGGUCUCGUCUCCUUUGUGCGUCCAAGCGACGGUGGCAUCCCCAGGAGGAAAGAUGCUCAACACCAGGGUGCCAUCCCUGGCUCCUUUGGCCUCACUGACCACUUGCAGGCUUUUGAGGCAGGCAGAUAAACUCUCCGUCAAGGAGCAGGCGCAAUGGACGCCCCCGGAUCGCAGCGAGGUGGAUGAUCUCAUUAACACAUGCUCCACCCCAGAGGAUCUCUUGCAUUUAGCAGAGGUGUACCCUCUGAACGGAAACCAGGCUGCCCUUAUCGUCGUCCGGCUCUCUCGUAUGGCGGUGGUGGAGAAAAAGCUGGAUCCCGGCGGCGUCUUGGAGGAUAAACGCUUCCAGCACCUGCUUCAUAGCAUACACAAGCAGGUUACUCAGGUCUGGAACACGUCCUUGGUGAACCUCCUGAAGAGCCUCUACUCACUGGGGCUGGAACGGGGCAGGCGAGAACUGCUUUCGGUGGAGCAGGAGGUGCGCUGGCGGAUGAGGCGCCUGGCCUUCAAGCACCUGGCCUCCAUGGCCAAGCACGUGGCCACCUACACCCCGUGGGGAGAGCCGAGCGAGCUGCUCAGCGACCUGGUGAAGCACCUGGAGCUGCGCUGGACGGAGAUCGAGGACCCCGUGACGGUGGUGGCGCUGAUGACCAAAGUGGGAGCCCUCUCGCCAGCGCUGAUGGAGCACCUGGAGGAUAAGGCCCUGGAGUUGGCCGAGAAGUUCAGCAUCGAGGACAUGCGUAAAGUCGCCAUGGCCUUAGCAUUUCAGAACCGCCGUUCCAUCCCUCUGCUCCGGGCCAUCUCGUACCACUUUGUCCAGAAGCACUUUGCAGUUAACCGCAGCAUCCUGUUGGACCUGGCUUUUGCCUUUGGGAAGCUGAAUUUCCACCAGACUCAGAUGUUCCAGAAGAUCGCCUCAGACCUCCACCCCCAUGUGCCCGAGUUGUCACCGUCCGAGGUGGUGAGCUGCGUCAAGUCCUUCACGUACCUGAAGUGGCUCAACCUGCCCCUCUUCGAGGCCUUUGCACAGUACACCAUUGACAAUGGCGACAGAUUCACCCCGGUCCAUCUUAGCAACUUGAUCCUUGCUUUUGCUCGCCUAAACUUCCAGCCCGGCAAUGGAGAGGUCUUCUAUACCAUGAUCCACAGGAGGCUGGACGGCCACCUCAGCGACUUGGAGCCUCACCUGCUGGUGGACCUGGUGUGGUCGCUGUGCGCGCUGCAGCAGGUGAAGGCGGCCCACCUGCAAAGAGUCCUGGUGCCAAAGUUUCACGCCGGCUUCUUAGCUGACCAGUCGCCGAAGGGGAAGAACUACCAGCUCAAGCUGAUCCACAUCAACACCACAGCCCGGCUGGAGUGUGCAGACUACAUGGGGCCCUUCCUGCCACUGGAGGUCCUGGGCAUCCAGGAGCUGGAGGGGGCCAAGAAGGCGACCCCCCUGCAGAGCGGCCUACAGGAAGUGCUGAAGGGAGUCGCGGGAGAUGAGGCCAAAGUGCGCUUUGCGGUGGACACGGACUGGGGCUGGCAGCUGGAUGCUGAGAUGGUGCUUAACGGCGACAACCAGCCCCUGCCCAUAGCAGGCUUCGCUGCUCCUCCGCCGGCCCGGGCCCAGAGUUCUCGGCUUCUCCUAUCGGGAUCCAGAAGGCUCGCCUUCCUUAGGUGGGAGUUCCCAAAUUUCAGCAACCGGAGCAAGGACCUGCUGGGGCGGUUUGCCAUGGCCCGGCGGCACAUCCAAGCCGCUGGCUUCUUGAUCGUUGACGUUCCCUAUUAUGAGUGGUUUGACCUGAAGUCGGAGCGACAGAAGGCCGCCUAUCUCAAAGACAAGAUGAACAAAGCCGUGGCCGAAGCGAUGGCCAAAUAGGCCAGAGAGACGGCACCACAGAGCCGUUGGAAGGACCAGCCGUUGGACUGGGGCACAGAAGGGGCUCUGCCCGCCCUUCCCCGUGUAUUUAAGUUGGCGAUGCUGUGAACCGGGGGCGGGGAGUGUCUCUGGCCAGACGAAGGGGCCUCUUCAGCCGCGUAGCUUUUGAAUAAACGCUCUGUCAUACCGUCCGGAUCACGCGUUCGGCGGCCUGUCCUGCUGCCGGCUUGAUCAGACGAGAGAGACACGCCUGAGUUCUUGUGUUGUUAAGGAGGCUCUUGCCUCGCGGCAGAAGCGACUAAUCAAAGUGGAACGAGUCGAUGGGGGUACGGGAGGGCAGUGGGCGUUGUUUCUGGGUGCCAUGGGCCGUGCCAAGCGCUAGCACACUCCCUCGCCAGUGAUUCUAGCGGUACCCCCUUCUGUUCUUCAAACACACGUGUAAGGCGAUAGAUGAAGGAUGGCCGAAGAGAAGGUUGUUCAUAAUGGUGGAGCCAUGAAGUGGGACUCCUACACACGAAGCCUGGCUCUACACGCGGCGGUGAGCCGGGCGCUUCGCGUCCCCAACUCAUAACAUCAAAUCUCGCCCCUUCUGUGGCCGGAGAGCUUCCUUUAAGCCCAGCGUUCUAGAUUUUGAAUCGGGUUUCACGCGUGCUGAUGAAAUCCCACGUGCAUUAGGAUAAAAAAGGGGUGGACCUGAAUCAUAGAAUAGCAGAGUUGGAAGGGGCCCACAAGGCCAUCGAGUCCAACCCCCUGCUCAGUGCAGGAAUCCACCCUAAAGCAUAGAAGAAAGGAUUAAGGUAAUGGCGGAUUAAGGGAAGACAGUAAGUGACCUUCCAAAGGCUGUCAGAGUUGAGUCAGUGAGAGACAAAACUUGGACCCAGAUCUCCUGCAUCCAAGCUCACCUUGGACACUAGCAGUGCGUGCUUUUCCGUCACUGGCUGCACGGCCCAUCUUUAGAAAAAGGACAUGGUUGCUCUUGGGAUAUGGUUUUCUUCCCACAAAUGUGUACGGGCCACGUGCGAAAGUUCUGUGAGUUUCCUGCUUCUGGCAUGUAACGAAAAUACCUGGAUCUCUCUUCCUAGGUGCAGGAAGUGCUUCACAAACAUGAUUUUGGUAGUUCAGCAACGCCAGAGCUAAGGAAUUCCACUACUGUUACUCUUCUGUUUGAAAACCUGCAGUGGCGGGUGAUACGGCCACACCCACGACCACGACCAUGUGCCAAAGGAGCUACUGCAAGUUCCAGACACAUGAAGAAAAACGCCAAGUAUUGAAGUUCUAUGCAUAUGUAGAUAUUUAAAUUUAAGAGCUUACGUAACCCGG